AUGUCCCGUCUCUCGUUGGCGCCUAACUCGAUCCAUCUGGCAUUGCCGAAAGCGGCUUCUUCCGGCCCGACAGCCCACUCGCACUCGCACUCGCAACACGGCGAGCUCUUGGGCUCUGCCGACGAGGGUGCCGUCGUCGGCUUCAUGGAGCCUCAUGUAGCCUCGUGUCCUUCAGCUGUGGCUGAUGGUCGCUCGACACUGUACGGUGACCGAAGAACCUGGCUGCUGACCAUGGACGUGCUGAACGGGGCACCGCUGGUAGCUGCUACGCUGUCCAGGCCACUCUGCCUGUUCCAGCUGUUCCAACCGUUAUCAUGA